CGGUCAUUCGUGUCUGUUUUCACUUUUUUGUGAAAGGUGAGUGCAGUCGAAUCUUUUGGCUUUACUGGAAAUAACUGUCCAUUUCUGCCCCAGUCUUUUUACAAAAGAUUAAUGGCGGGGCACACUGCGAGGUUCUGUGACCCAAGUUCGAGUGACUUGGCAGACGUUUUUAUGGAUUUUACCUUAUCCAAACCUGAGCCACAAGAACAAGGAAACGAUGCAGAUUUCAACUCAUGUAAAUUUACGCAGAAAUCUUCUAGUAGCUCCACCUCGACCGUGGCGACAGAGCCUUCAAAGCCUGGCGUGUCUGUCGACAAUGAGGAAGGUGGCCACAGUGAAAGUCAGCCGGUGGCUGCGAACAGUGGAGCGACAUCCGAAUGUGUUGUAUGUAACGAUAAAGCCACAGGUUACCACUAUGGAGUUUUUACGUGUGAGGGCUGUAAAGGGUUUUUUAAACGAACGGUACAAAAGCAGUUGGAAUACACCUGUAAAGGAGAUGGAAACUGUGAAGUAAACCAGUUGAACAGAAAUCGGUGCCAAUACUGUCGCUUUCAGAAGUGUAUGGCUCAAGGAAUGUUAAAGGAAGCUGUGAGAGAGGACCGAACUCCUGGUGGAAGACAUCGACAUCGUUCGUUGCAGGAUCAUCGCCCAAAAAAACAACGGGGUCGAGAAGAUGCCGUAAAUGGGUCGGCAGACGGAAAUGAUUGUGUGGAAGGCGCCUUGAAGCAACACAAAAAAGAGGAGUCGGCAGCCGGCAAAGGAGAGUACAUGGCUUUUAUAGAAAAUAUUCGAGAUCAAGCGGUAACGAUGCCUCAUAUUGAGGGACUCGUGGUUGAAAACGAAAGUACGAAGGAAAAAGAUGUCAACACUUUCAUGCAGCUGGCUUAUCAGGAGCUUAACAUGAUCAUUCAGUGGGCUAAAGAUGUUCCCGGAUUCAAGGACAUUGACUUGGAGGAUCAAGUGUGCCUCAUCAAAGCUUCUUUUAUGGAACUGAACGUAUUUCGUUUGGCGUACAGAUCGGUGCCUUGCGACCCUAUGUCCCUACGGUUCAGCAAAGAAUUGAUUUUCGACAAGCACGAAGUGAUUGCGUUCGGUUGGACGGAAGACCUGGUUGAUACAACCCUGGAAUUUACUGACAAGCUGCGCAGUCUGAAUCUCGAUCAAAACGAGUUUGCUCUUUUAUCUGCUUUAGCUUUACUCAGCCCAGAUACGCCUGAUCUCAAAGAUAAGGAGAAAAUCACUCGCCUGCAAGAGAAAGUAAACAUCUAUUUGCGUGACUACUCCAAGGCUCUCUAUCCACAGAAAGCAAAUCGUCUCGGAAAACUGCUCCUCUGUCUUCCUACUCUUCGCAUAUAUAGCGAGAAAGCAAUGGAAAAUUACGUCACCCUGGAGUUCUUUGGUAAACUGGAUAUGCCGCCUUUGGUGGCUGAGCUGUUGGAGUAAGACUGGUAACAAGUCUCAGAGUCUUAUGAAGAGAAACUUUAAUUAGCUUUGAGUCAAGCUUACCUGUAAGCUUGUAAUUAUUUCUUUAACUCGAUGUAACUACUUAUUGUCAGGUCCUUGUUUAUCGGCGGAAAACGCAGAGGCGCACUAUGUCAGUCGAAGGGUAAUUACAACAAUAAUCCGAUGUCUCAAGGUACAAGACACAAAAUCUAAGAUAGUGAACAACUUACCACAUCAACCGUCGCGAUCAUGGAAUUGAAACUUUAACUCUAACUAUGUUACUUACAGAAAAUUAAAAAGACGAGAUGAUUAAAAAACAUAUGAUACAACAAAUGGUGAAGAAAUGGCGAGGGUUUUUUUUUUUUUUUUUUCGGAAACCCAAAAUACUGGAUGAUGCGCCCAUGUGAUAUUACCGUCAUUUUAGCAGCGAAUCACCUUCCCUAUCAUUGAAACUGUUUUAAUUGGUUUUUAUCAGAUCAUUUUUCUGUUUGUUUGAAUGUUUUUAAGAUAACAUGUUAAAAAUCUCGUAUUUAUUCCUUCAGAGAAAGUAAAUUAGUCAUCAUUACUGCACGGUUAAAUUCGUGCUUUCCGUAGAAUUUAAAGUUACCUGAGAAUAACAAUAAUAAUAAUAUAUUUUAUUUUUGAUUUGAUUUUUCUCCCUCCUAAAUCCGAUAGUUUUACCUUUCUAGAUCCCUUUAACAAAUAGGAGCCGACGUUUGGAAGUCGUUUACAGAGAUCAUUAAUGACAUUCUUUUUUACAGUCAGGAACACGCAACUGUACUUUUAAACUUUAAAUCAGUUUUGCAGUCUGAAACAAUCGAAGGGCCCUCAGUUUUGCCUUUUGUUGGUUUUAUUUUAGUUAAUCGAUAGUUGUGUAGUUGUUUUUCAGAGCUUAAACAAGUAAAAUGAACUGGUAUCUUACUACGCGAGUCCGUUACAGCGCUUCUCGGAAUACUGAAAUACAACAUGGCUUCCAUCAUGUAACUUGGGUGCAGUCCGGUACGGCUGGUGGGAAAAAAGAGGCACAGUACCCUUUUAGUCAGGUGAAAUAAGUGAGAAGUUCCUCAAGUGUUUUUAAUAAUAUUAAAGUAAAUUAUAGAAAAAAAAGUCCAUAGAACCUAAACACUAGAAUUAUAGCGCUGAUGGAGAUAACAUUACAGUAUUGAACGAACUAAUGAAGUUUAUUCUCGAUCCAGGGCCUUUCGCUUUCGUCGUUGCAAUUAGGGCUUGGGUGCGAGACUGUAAACAGAAGAUGAUGACUUGACGCCUUUUGUGCACGAAUUGUCACGAAAAUAGAGCCAAAGUGUUUAUUCUUAAAGCUUACAUGGUGGUUGCAGCUCAUUUAGAACGCGAUGAUGUCUGUUUCUAGGUCCUCUCACCUUUUUAUUACAAAGUUAUCUGGGUCCGUUUUGACAAACUUAAAGCCUCGCACCCGGGCAACAUUUACUUAUAAAAAGAAAGUCGAAAGAUGCAAGAAUGAUUUUAGCCUUUAAAGGUGUCGACAUUAUAUGAUAGAAAAACAACUUAUUGUGGUAAGAAAUGAGGUUCGAGAGGCUAUGAAGCACGGCACAUUUAGAAGAAACGUGAUAAUAUUGUUACCAUAAUCGUUAUUUCAGAUGCUUAAUGUAAGUUUAACUUCGAUACCAAGACUGAAGAUGUUAAUGUUCAAAGAAAUAAAAAAAAACAAG